UUAUAUAUUAGAAUCAUGAGCAACUUGAGAGGAACAAGUAGGUUGAUUCGUCUCAUGGCAAUACUCGUAUCAUUUGUGUUUAUAAUAAGCAUCAUGAACGUUGAAGCUGGAAGAGAAAUCGGAUAUCCAAAAAAAGGAUUUGCUGGUGAAGACCGAACUAAUCCUUACGCACCAAUAAAACCAGUAUGUGAUCCUAAAAAUCCAAAAACGUGUCCAAAACAACCGGCGAAUCCAUAUCGUCGAGGAUGUUCAAAAAUUACAAGAUGUCGCCGUGAUACUGACUGAUCCAUAUAUAAGCUUCUUCGAACUAUUAAUUGUAUAUAACAAAAUAUUUAAUUACACCGAUCGUUAAAUGAUAUAAAAUAACUUUGUAUAUUGGG